CCCCCCCCGGCCCGCCGCCCGCCCCGCCGCCCCGCCGCCGCCCCGGGGCCGCCAUGGACACCGGCAGCAAGAUGACGGCUCGCCUGAUGCUCGCCGUGGGAGGAGCGGUGCUGGGUUCCUUGCAAUUCGGCUACAACACUGGCGUUAUCAACGCUCCGCAAAAGGUGAUUGAGGACUUCUACAACCGUACCUGGCUGUACCGAUAUGAGGAGCCCAUCAGCCCUGCCACCCUCACCACACUCUGGUCCCUCUCAGUCGCCAUCUUCUCCGUCGGAGGCAUGAUCGGAUCCUUUUCCGUGGGGCUCUUUGUCAAUCGCUUCGGACGGCGCAACUCCAUGCUGAUGUCCAACAUUCUUGCCUUCGUGUCCGCUGUCCUCAUGGGCUUCUCCAAGAUGGCUCUCUCCUUCGAGAUGCUCAUCCUCGGCCGUUUCAUUAUUGGCCUCUAUUCCGGCCUCACCACUGGUUUCGUGCCCAUGUAUGUGGGGGAGGUGUCACCCACUGCACUGCGGGGCGCGCUGGGGACCUUCCACCAGCUCGGCAUCGUCUUGGGCAUCCUCAUCGCACAGGUGUUCGGUUUGGACUUGAUCAUGGGAAACGACUCGCUCUGGCCGCUGCUCCUGGGGUUCAUCUUCGUCCCUGCCCUGCUGCAGUGCAUCAUCCUGCCCUUCGCCCCCGAGAGCCCCCGCUUCCUCCUCAUCAACCGCAACGAGGAGAACAAAGCCAAGAGCGUCCUCAAGAAGCUGCGGGGCACGACGGACGUCAGCAGCGACCUCCAGGAGAUGAAGGAGGAGAGCCGGCAAAUGAUGAGGGAGAAGAAGGUCACCAUAAUGGAGCUCUUCCGUUCCCCCAUGUAUCGCCAGCCCAUCCUCAUCGCGAUUGUCCUGCAGCUCUCCCAGCAGCUCUCGGGGAUCAACGCGGUCUUCUACUACUCCACCAGCAUCUUCGAGAAGGCUGGCGUGGAGCAGCCCGUCUAUGCCACCAUCGGCUCCGGUGUGGUGAAUACGGCUUUCACGGUCGUUUCGCUCUUCGUGGUGGAACGAGCCGGACGCAGGACCCUCCACCUCAUCGGCCUGGCGGGGAUGGCGGGCUGUGCGGUGCUCAUGACCAUUGCGCUGACGCUGCUGGACCAAAUGCCCUGGAUGUCCUACCUCAGCAUCGUGGCCAUCUUCGGGUUCGUGGCCUUCUUUGAGAUCGGCCCAGGCCCCAUCCCUUGGUUUAUCGUGGCAGAACUGUUCAGCCAAGGCCCUCGUCCCGCUGCCUUCGCUGUUGCCGGCCUCUCCAACUGGACCUCGAACUUCAUCGUGGGCAUGGGCUUCCAGUACAUCGCGCAACUCUGCGGCUCCUACGUCUUCAUCAUCUUCACGGUGCUGCUCGUCCUCUUCUUCAUCUUCACCUACUUCAAGGUGCCGGAGACGAAGGGUCGGACCUUCGACGAGAUCGCCUCGGGUUUCCGGCAGGGGGGAGCGAGCCAGAGCGACAAAACCCCGGACGAGUUUCACAGCUUGGGCGCCGACUCCCAGGUCUAACCCCCGCCGCGGCCCCCCCCGGCCCCACCUUCUCUCCUGAGUUUUGGGUUUUAUUUUUUCAAAUCUUUUGUACAGAAACCAGGACGGAGGGAGCGCGGGGGGGCGGCUCUCGUGCAGACACCCCCUUUUCCAGACUCCCCCCUGGUUUAUCGGGGACAGACUGACCUAUUUUAUUAUUUUUUGGGGUUGUUUUUUUUUUUUUUUUCUGCUAGGAACGAUUUAUUAUUAUUAUUAUUAUUUUUUUUUUUUUUUUUUAGCUGGUUUCGCGUCCAGGAUUUCAAAGCCAAUGGCUGUUUUACAAACCGACCGCGCAGCCUCCGCCAGCGGGAGGGGCGGCUCCCAUUUUUAACGACGCGAUAGUUUAUUUAACGAGAAAUCACGUAGCGGAAGUUUUUAAAGCUGGAGAGUUACGGUUGUUUUGGUUUUUUUUAACGUUCUAAUCGUAGGGGGAAAAAAAAAAAAUCACGUAAAUUGACUAAAUCUAAACCAACGAUUUUUUUUUUUUUUUAAAAAAAAACAAAACACAAAAACAAAAACGAAACCGAGUUGUUUUUUAAAGCAGUCUAAUUGAUUUCAAGCCCCCGGUGGGUUCGCGAAGGGGAAUUUCCCUGUGCUGAGGACGGAGCGGUGGGAAAGGCCGAUAUCCCGGAGCGCCGGCUCCUCUCCUCUGCCUGAAUUUCAGCCGGGAGGGGAAGAGGAGAAGCCGGGCCGGGGCCGGGGGCGGGUGUCUCUCUUUUUUUUUUUUUUUUUGAGUGGGGGGGGUUAAUCUCGGCAAUAUUUGCCACACACUACAGCAACACCCCCCCCCACCCCUGCAUCGUCAUCGCUGCCACCUCCGGCCCCGGACUCACCCAACCCCAGCGUCACGCGGACACAUCCCUUUCCCGCUCUGUGUAUAGACUGGAAGAUAUUUAUAUUAUAUAUAUUUUUGUUCAAUGGUUGUUAAUAGUAGACAUUUAAGUUAUAGCGUUUCUGAUUUGACAAGCAACGUACUGUAAAUAUUCUUGGAGUAUAUUCACACUGUAUAAUGUAUACAAAAAGGUACAGAUGCAAAGGUAUAGUUUCUAUAGCGACUAAAAAUGCUUGUACAUGGUUAGGACGACUUUUGUAUAGUUCAUUACCUGCACUGUAGUUGUAUCUAUUGCACUGAAUUUCAGGCUGUAGUAUAUUAAAAGAAAAAAGAGAUAAUACUGUCCUUUUCAAGAAAAAAAAAACCAAACAAAAAAAAAACCCCCAACAAAAAAACAAAACCAAACCCUCACAAAACUCAUCCCUUCUCCCCGCGCGCAGCUGGUGUGGGAGCUACUGGCACAUUCCCAAAGCCGCAGGCAGUCGGGUUUUUUUUUUAAAGUAGUAAUUUUUUUUUUCUUUUUUUUUUUUUUAAUUUAUUUGUCUGGUUUGGAAGUGAUGACGCUUGACCGCGCUUGAAAGAAAAUAAAGGUAGGGAGGUGAGAGGAGGAGAAGAGAGAAAGAGGAAAGAGAAGAGAAAAAAAAAAAAAAAAAAAGAUGUAAAACUACCCUGCGAUCUCACCCGGUCGCGCCUCGGCGCAGCACGGCACCGCGCAGCGUGCAUGUGUGUGUUUUUUUUUAUUUGAAAGAAAUACAUAAAAAUAAGUGCCAAGAGGAAGGUGUGUGGUGUGCUAACAAUAAAGGAGAAUGUAUGCAGCGA